AUGGUGCGAGAUACGUGCCUCAGUCCGAAGAAAGGGGUCGACAUGGCCAGUUUUGGACCUUGCUUCCGAGUUGAGUUUGCAAAGUAUAAUUUUCCAAAGGCUGUUGAAGAUGAUGUUAAGGAAUUUCCAACAGUAGCUCGCAUUCCAGAUGCAAUGCUCAAAAAGGUUGAUCCUUCGAAUUCUGUGUUGAUGGCAUAUAUGCAGAUAGAACCAAAGAAGACUACGUCUCCUGCAAAGAAGAAGUCUGGUGAAGGAGAUAAAAUUUCGAAGAAAAAGAAAUGUCAUGCAGAAGAUGUUGCCAAUCUCAUAUCAAAGAUACAAAAGAAGAGGAAGUUAGUUAUUCAAGAAGAUUCAAUGGAUGAUGAGAUUGUACCUGAGUCUCCGUUGGUUACUUUGUCACCUAAGAGGAAUUCUCCUACCAAAUUGAUUUUCGAGGAGAUAGGAUGUUAUGCUAGCUCUGUGACAACUUUUGUAGUGGACACAACUACUAAUCUUGGUGAUUCUGCAAUGCAAUCUACACCUGAGCAGACAACAAUCAUAUCUCCCGAGGUUUCAUUAACCAAGUCAUCUUAUGAGGAGGUUUGA